UUGACUUUUUAAACUAAUGCCGCAGGACUUUCACCAAUUGUACAAACUGUUGAGGCCAGAUUCCAGAAUUUUACACACAUUUUCUUUUAAAUGUUUGUGCCAUUUUUUUUAAAUAAAAAAAAAUCAAUUAAAAAAGCUUUUUUUUUUUUUUACAACAGGUAUAAUUUGUAAGGUAGCAAAAAUUAAAAAAGUCUAUGAUGUCUGAUACAAAGCAUGACUUUACUUUUGACCUGAACCAUGUCUUAAAGUAUAUGAAGGAGGAAGUGGAAGAAACAGAUUCAUUAACACAACCAUGUGAAGAACAAGACUUCAAUGUGUCUAUGAUAAAAAUUGAGAAGGCAGAUGAAGAUAAUUCAGAAUUGCAUUCACAACAAUCCGAAAACUUUGCUGAAAAUUUUGGAGAUCAGAAAAGUACUUUUAAACAAGAGGUGGAAAUUACUCAUUUUACUGAUACAAAUAAAUCACUGUCCUUAGCUUCAAGACUUCUGGUGAUGUCAGAGAAGGCUAACAACAGUCAUUGUGUACCUAUCAUUAUGCCAAAAUAUGAAUCCCUUAGACAGACCCCAGUUCCAGAAGUGCCUUUGAAUCAGGAGAAGCUAAUUGAGGAAGACCAAGAUAUGACUUCAGAAAAAUGUUUUCUGGCUAAUAACAUACGAGAUCAAUUAGAACCAUGUAGACCUAAUGAAACAGUUAUAAGUACAGAAACUUGUCAUCAAACUAAACAAAAUCUGUGUCAGAUAUGUCUUAAACAAUUAUCAACACCUUUUCAUUUAAGACGUCACCUGCUGACUCAUACUGGAGAGAAGCCCUUUAAAUGUCGUACAUGUCAAAAAGGUUUUUCUAAUCCUCAUAAUUUGAAAUGUCACCAGAUGACUCAUACUGGUGAAAAGCCAUUCAUAUGUGAAAUUUGCCUUAAAGGAUUUGCUACAUCUUCACAAUUGAGAAAACACCAAUUCAGAAAACACAGGCAAAUCCAUACCACUGAAAAAACAUUUAAAUGUCAGAUUUGUCUAAAAGAAUUUUCUCAAUCUUCACACUUGAGAAAUCAUCAGCAGAUUCAUACAGGUUUAAAAAACAUUAAAAUGUUAAUUUGUCAACGUGGAUUUUCAGAUUCCUCAGAUUUAGAAAGACACCAGACUGUUCUUAAUGUUGAAAACCACGAGAAUCUUAGCGAGGUGCAGUUUAUUGAAAAAGACGAGGUAAUGACUUCUGAAAACUAUGAACUGGCUGAAAACAUGCAAGAUCAAUUAGAAGAAUACCAUCAUAGGGAACAAGUUUUAAGAAAAGAAAUUAAUUUUCAAAAAUCAUUUCAAUGUCAGAUCUGCCUGAAAGAAUUUUCUCAAUCUUCACAUUUGAAAAAUCACCAGCUUAGUCAUACUGUUUUAAAAAACAUUAAAAUGUUAAUAUGUCAACGUGGAUUUUCAACAUCUUCAGAAAUGAAAAGACACAAGUUGGCUUAUACUGGUGAAGAAAAUGAUAAUCUUUCUAAGGUGCAGUUCAGUGAGGAAGAAAAAGAAAUGACUUUGGGAAAGUGUGUACAGACUGAUAACAUGCAAGAUCAACAAGAACAAUACAGACCUAAUGAAACAGUUUUAAGUAAAGAAGUGGAUUUUGUUUCUUCUCAUGAAACUAAUAGAAACCAGCAUCAAAUAGGUCUAAAAGAGUUCACUAGACCUUUUCAUUUAAAAACUCACCAGCCAAUUCUUACUGGUGAAAAACCAUUUAAAUGCCACAUAUGUCAACAUGAAUUUUCUUAUUCUAAAAGUUUCAAAAAUCACCUGCUGAGACAUACUUGUGAAAAAACAAUCAAAUGUCAAAUUUGUCUAAAAGAAUUUUCCUCAUCAUCAAGUUUGAAAACUCACCAGAUGAUUCAUACUGAUAAACAAAAAAAUUUCAAAUGUCAAACAUGUCAAAAAUGUUUUUUGAGAAAAUCAGAAUUAAAACGCCACAAGAUGAUUCAUACUGUGGAAAAACCAUUCAAAUGUAAAAUAUGUCUAAAACAAUUUUCUGGGUCUUCAAGUUUGAAAACCCAUGAUUUUUUACAUAUUGAUAAAAAAAAACCAUACCAGUGUCAAAUAUGUCUAAAAGAAUUUUCUUAUUCAUCAAGUUUGAAAACUCACCAGUUGUUGCAUACUGAUAAUAAAAAGCCAUUCAAAUGUCAAGUAUGCCUUCAAAAAUUUUCGAUCUUCAUAUUUGAAAAUUCAUCAGCUGAUUCAUAGAUUCAUACUGGCGAAAAAACAUUCAAAUGUCAAAUAUGUGAAAAAGGUUUUGUUGAUUCCUUGUAUAUGAAAAAGCACCAGCUGUUGCAUACUCAUAAGGAAGCAUCACAAUAUCAAACAUGCUUUAAACUGUUUUCAUAUACCUCUUCUUUGAAAAAAUACCAGAUAAUACAUACUGGUGAAAAACCGUUCAAAUGUCAAAUGAAAGAAUUUUGUUAUUCCUCAAAUUUGAUAACUCACCAGUUGUUACAUGGUAAUAAAAAACCAUUCAAAUGUCAAAUGUGCCACAAAAAAUUUUCUACAUCUGCAUAUUUGAAAAUUCACCAUCUUAUUCAUACUGGUGAAAAAACAUUCAAAUGUCAAAUAUGUCAAAAAGGUUUUAUUAAUCCUUCAUAUAUGAAAAAACACCUGUUGUUACAUACUAAUAAAGAAGCAUUCAAAUGUCAGGUAUGUUUUAAAAUAUUUUCACAUUCUUCAGAUUUGAGAAAACACCAGCUUUCAUAUUUGAAAAAGCAUGACGUGGUUCAAACUGGUGAAAAAACAUUUAAAUGUAUGUCAAAAAGAAUUUUCCUAAUCUUCAAGUUUGAAAACUCACCAGUUGUUACAUACUCGUGAAAAACAAUACAAAUGUCAGUUAUGUCUGAAAGAAUUUUCCCUGUCUUCAGAUUUGAAAAGACACCAGCUGAUUCAUACUGAUUUAUAAAAGAUUAAACUACUAAUUUCUUAGAUUUCUGAGAUAUAUAGAAGGAAAAAAAAAAACACCCCUUUGGCUCAUAUCUCUUUUUAACAUGUGUAAAUUAUUCUAUCAGGAUGAAAUACAAUUAAUUGAUGCUAAUUGUACUAUGGAUAUGAUUGUACAUUAGGACCAUUUUGUUAAACAAAUUACCUAAGUUGUGAAUAAAAAGUGAUUGAAGGUGAUGUAGAUAUCUUCAGAGACGCUGGAGAUGGAAGGGAUAGGUCACAACCUUUGCAAGCCUGCAUCCAACAUAUCUAGGCAACCCCUCACCUGGAACCCCAAGGAAAGAGGAAGAGGGGACCACCCAGGCAUGCGGAUUUGGAACCACAUGACAAACAGAUGGGCAAGAGAUGCCUGGAGGAAGCUGGUUGGUGGCAUAUGUCCCAGACGGGACCACAGGCAAAGAUGAGAGAUGAGUAGUAUGAAUGUGAUUGUUAAUUCAGACUAUUUUGUUAAACAUAUUCUCAUUGAAUAUUCCACUUGAGACUGCGGGAAGCGUGGUCGAGAGGCUAUGUACACUUGAACUUGGCUACCUAUGAAGGGGGCUUGACACCCAACUCGAGCAAAGUUGUGUUUACUGAGCACCUAAAGGCAGCGCAGUAAAAGCUUCUCAUAGAUACCCCCUCCCCCCACUGGUCCACAAAUGAGAGUGGACCAUAGUGCUCUGAGCAUGUUAUAAGCAUGAAAGUAGAGCUAUAUAAAAGUUAUAAUUAUAAGUUAUGAAUGCUGUGAUCAAACAAUUUCAAUGUGAUAUUCUUAGAAAAAUGUUUGUUUAUUCUAAAAGCAUAUAUAAUUGAUAAGUUUCAACCCUAAUGGUUUAGAAACAGUUUAUGAGCUCUAUUGAAACAGAAUUGUAAAUGGUCUAGACUGUGUGUAGAUUCCACUAUUAUCUUUAAGAUGAGUUACAAAUUACCACCAGAUUUGGCCUGAUGGGAACCUCUCUUCCAUAAAGCAAAUUUGUCUGUUUUACUGAUAUACUCUUAGAUUUGCUUCUGCUUCCAUUUAUGAGUUUUAUUGUUCUAUUGUGAGGCCCACUGAAUAUGACACAGAAACCUGCAGCAUUUGAGACCUCUGCCUGCAAGAAGCAUUCUCAUUGAAUGUUCCACCUGAGACUCCUGCAGUCCCAGAGGUGUAAUCUUUAAAUGUUCCACCUGAGACUCCUGCUGUCCCAGAGGUACCAUAAUAAUGCCACUCAGUUAUCCACUCUGACCCACCCUCCUUGAAGCAUCCUCUAACAUGAUAAUGCCACAACAGAGCUCUAGUACAAAUGACACAUUUCAAGAAAUGAACUGUUACUUUUUUUUUUCACUACCAUUAACUGGAUAUCAAAAUGUAUAAUCUUUUCUUGUUUGUCUCUGUUUUAAUGUUGUUGUUGUUGUUUUUUCAUUGAAUAUUGUUGAAUAUUGUUGAUGCUUUCUUAACAAAUAAUGUGUAUAUCCUGCUCCUUUUUGUAAAGUGCUUAAGAUUGAUAGUUCUAAAUAGAUUUGCAUAUAUUGAGAUCUUAAAGCUCAACAACCUGUUUGUUUUAAUUGUUAGUUCUUUUU